CUUUGCUGUUCCGGGUUAGCAGGGCUGGAAGAUGGCGGCGCCCAUGCAGUUGUACUGCUGGGCCGGCGGGUGGGGGCUGCCCUCGGUGGACCCCGAUUGCCUGGCGGUGUUGACUUACGCCCGUUUCACAGGGGCACCCCUCAAAGUUCACAAAAUCACCAACCCAUGGAGAAGCCCCACAGGAUCCCUCCCAGCACUAAAGACGAACAACGAGGGGGUUAUUUCCGACACGCAGCAAAUCAUCACCCACCUUAGGAAGCAGAAAUUCAACGCAGACUACGACCUCUCGGCGUUGCAGGGAGCCGACACGCUGGCCUUCGUCUCUCUGGUGCACAGGAAGCUCCUGCCGGUGCUGCAGAUCCAUACUUUCUGGGUUGAUGCGAAGAACUACGUGGAGCACACACGGAAAUGGUACGCGGAAGCCAUUCCGUUCCCCCUCAACUUCUUCCUGCCAGGUCGAAUGCAGAAACGUCAGCUGGAGCGUCUGCAGACCCUCUGCGGGGAAGACUGGCAUGACAACGAAGAGGAGCUGGAAAAACAGCUUUAUCAGGACGGCUGCGAAUGUCUGACGCUCCUUUCCCAACGCCUCGGCAGGAAAAAAUUCUUCUUUGGAGACUCGCCUGCCUCCUUGGAUGUGUCCGUGUUCAGCCUUUUAGCCGGGCUGCUCAACGCCAAGCUUCCCAACGGGAAAUUCCAGCAACAUCUGAAAUCUCUCCCAAACCUGUGCAAUUUCUGCACGGCUAUUUUGAGCCUGUAUUUUCCGUGGGACGGAGGGGACCCCCCGCCCAACAUCCCCAAGGUGGCAGCUGGGGACGGAAGUGACACCGAGGAGGAAACCCACAAGCGUCGGAACCAGUUCCUCUCCGUGCUGGUGGCUCUGGUGGCCAUGGUGGGCUACGCCUUACUCAGCGGGAUCGUCUCCAUCCAGAAGCAGGCCCCACGCCACACCGGCCGGCACGCAAUCACCCUUCAGGAUGCCGAGGAGGAGGAGGAGGAAGAGGAGUGAGGGACGAAGGGCCGUGCUCAGCCCCACGGACUUUAUUUUUUGUGCAGCCACGCUGGGCCCUGCACCCCUGCCUCUUUGCAAACUUCCUUUUUAUCCAUUCCAGGGGGAGAGGGCCCAGCCGUGGCCAAUAAAUCUUGAGUUUGCUGCA